AUGGACUCUACAAAGCAACAGAUGAUUGUAAUUCCCUUGAAAAAAAAAGUGCUUGAUACUCCUUGGAGUCCCAGCAUUAACAUCCCUGCUGAUCUGAAGGAGCAUCAGUCUGUCACUAUCAGCUGCUCAGCUUUGACUCCCUGUCCACACUCACCUCCUGAACUCACCUGGAAUCUCCAACAAGACUCUCACAGACAAACAGAGAAAAACACAGAGGGAACCUUUACAACUAAAAUCCAGGAGAACAUCACUCUGUCAGACACACAUGAUGGAUACAACAUCAGCUGUUCUGCCACAUAUCCUGUGAAUGGAGGAAACAAGACAGCAGAGACAGAAGUGACUCUCAGUGUUUCAUAUGCUCCUAGAAACACCUCAGCAUCCAUCAGUCCAUCAGGUUUGGUGUCAGCAGGUAGCUGGGUGGAGCUGAGCUGCUCCAGCAGAGCCAAGCCUCCUGCCAGCUUCACCUGGUUCAGGAACAGCAAACAUGGAGCCAUUAAUGUAUCUGUGGGGCAGGUUUACAGCUUCAAUGCUACUGAGGGAGGAGAGUAUUACUGUGAGGCUACAAAUGAUCUUGGAAAUGAGACAUCUUUAGUGAUUCAUAUCACUGUUAAUGGUAAAUUGUUUAUCUUUUUAUAAUUUACAGUCAAAUUUACU